UUACGACUUGGCUAAAACUGACUUUUUACUUUCACUUUCUGCUUUCAUACGCACAACUCAACUCAGCAUAUGAUAAUCAAACAAUAAUAAACAAACAAGAUGGCGCAGCUCUUGUUGAGUUCUUGCCCUACAACGGGAAUGUCACUCAGCGAUAACCAAGCAGUUGUUACUGUCCACAGUAUGAUCGAUCAACAGAUGGUAAAUCAAACUGAAACAGCUGCUCAUCUUGAAGAUAGUGAUUUAUUCCAGUGUGGAAAAUGUAAGAAGCAAUUUCUCUCCAUUGAAUCUUUUGUCAGCCAUAAAACAGAAUGUAACAGCUCCAGUGGUAUAAAUGAUACAUCGCCUGUAACUACAAAUGUUUGCAGUGUCCCCCAGAAUACUGUGGUUGUCAGAAAAAUACAGAUUCCAUUAUCUUUAGCCAGUUAUCCGCAAAGUUUCGUCUUGACAGAGGCUGAUCUUCUUCAAUUAUCUAAUGCUGCAUUAGAUCCUAGUGUUUCUAGUGCAGUCACUACAAAUGCAAGCUUGCCCAUAUCACCUAACCAUACAUUGCUGCCACAAUCUGCAUUCACACCUCAAGCCGUUCACCAUGUUCUCCAGCCUCUGAACCCUGAAACACAACAACUCUCUAUCAUAAACGAUAAACUGUUCCCCAGGGCUAUUGCAGUAGCAAGCCAGCCCGUAGUGUUAAACAUAGGCAAUAGUGUAGAAGCUGCUUCUGUUCUUUGUGCGAGUGGAGAAAAUAAAAGUGAUGGAGUUCUUAUUGCGCCACCGUUGACGCAGACUCUAACUUCGGAAAACAAUCAGGUUUCGUCAAAUGUAAGUGAUAAAGAGCCAAGUACUGUAAAUAUAAUCACAGAAUUUCACAGUAGUAUGGUAAAAACAAAAAAGCCAGGUGCUGAAAAUGAAAGUGAUGAUAAUCAUAAUAAAAAAGAUUCUAGGCUAAGUUGUGCUUAUUGUUGGAAGUCGUUUACCAAAAACUUUGACCUGCAGCAACACAUUAGAUGCCAUACUGGGGAAAAGCCAUUUCAAUGUAUAGUAUGCGGACGGGCAUUUGCCCAAAAGUCUAAUGUCAAGAAACACAUGCAAACUCAUAAGGUGUGGCCGGAUGGUUUAGCAAGAACCUUGCCUCAUCUAGUGACAAAGCAACAUAACUGUUCGUCUAACGAUGAUGUCGAUGGCAAUGGGGAUAAUCAUUGUCCUGAUGAACCGGACGAUAGCAAUCAUGAACAGAGCCAGGAUAGAGCACAAGACUUUAAAAUUGACAAAAAUUCCUAUGCCUGUCCAUAUUGCUCUUACAUUGGUAGAAGCUAUUAUAAACUAAAAAGCCACAUGAAAGCACAUGAUAGAGAAAAAGUGUAUAAAUGUAUACUAAGCACUUGCGGUCAAAUGUUUAAUGAGUUGGAUCCAUUUCUUGAACAUACUAAAUCUCAUGAAAAUGAAAUGACGUAUAGAUGUCAUGAAUGCAACAAGAGUUUCAUCUCACUCUUUGAACUCGGUUCUCAUCAAUUUACACACAGUCUCUAUCCCAAUUCUCGAGCAAGAUCGAGUCGCAGGUUCUUUCAGUGCAACUUAUGCCUCAACAAAUAUGCUACACCUGCAGCUCUAGACCAUCACCUUGCCACCUCUUCACACACCUACAACUGUUCCUGGUGCGACAAAGUGUUUCCCUGCGAACGAUAUUUGCGUCGCCAUCUCCAAAUACACUCUGAAUCUGAAUCAUUCACGUGCGAUGAAUGUGGAAAAGGCUUCAAGACUGACAGUUAUCUCAAAGUUCACAAACUCGUUCAUAGCGAAGACAAGCCGUAUGAAUGUAACGUGUGCAAGGCUGCUUUCAACCGGAAAGACAAAUUGAAACGCCAUGCACUCAUACACGAGCCGGUCAAGCGUUACAAAUGUCCUUUCCGAACGCACAGUGGGUGUCCAAAGGAAUUUAAUCGUGCCGACAAACUGAAAUCUCACAUUUUAACUCACAGCUGUCCUAAACCGUUUGCUUGUAGCAUAUGUGAUAAAAAAUUUACCCGUAAGAACUAUUUAAAUGAUCACUUUAAACAAUGUCAUGCCGACGAACCGACACUCGAGAUAUCUAGUCCUGGCAUGACGGACUCGGAUGACUCGAAAUCGUGCAAACUAGAACUCGAUCAAAAACCAAUUAAAAAACCCUAUUAUCGUUCACGUAGACAGAAGAAGAUUAGAGUGUUACUGGGUGAUAGUUGUGCACCCAGAAAAAGGAGUAGACCGAAAAACAGACCUUUAACACUUAAUGAUGCCGGUGACAAAGACGGUGACAGUAGUUCGGAAAUAGUCGACGACAUCCCCACAGCUCACAUUGAAAUCAUAUCCGCCCAUGGGACUCUAGUUGGUGCUUCAGAAUUGACUCAGAUAUCAUUACCAGACAUGAAUUAUAAUGAUUUGCAGUUUGAUUCUGCUGAGGACGAAACUGGCAUUCCUAGCGCUCCUCCAAUAGUUGUCGACACUAUACACUCGACCAGUUCGUCUACUCUACUGUCCGGUGAUCUGCAGAGUGGGGAUGAAAUUACAGACUACAGUUGAUAAAAAAAACCUAGAAGCAAUUAGUGAUCUAAAAAUGGCUUUUAGUGAUGCAACUAAUAUAUGAAAAUAGUUUAUUAGUUGCUUAAAUACAUUAGAAAAUGGUCUCAUCAUUAUAAACCAAGAGCCCGUGAAUGACGGAUUUUCUGUUAUACUAUAAAGGCUGUAAAUUUUUCUAUGCUAGUACACUAAGGUGGGUAAAAAUGGUGGGCUAUUAUUAACUUAGAGUUGCACUGACUUCAGCAGGUGGCAAAGGUGCACAAAAUGGGACCCUACUUACAUCAUUUUAUAAAAGCUGGAUUUUUUAUACCUAUAUAACUUGGGCAACUAUUUUAAGAUGUUUCCCUGUACAUUCUGGAAAUUACCUGCCUAGCACCCUUAAAGGUUAAGAAAAUGAGAACCUACUUGCACCAUUUUAUGAAACCUAACCUACCUAUUUCUUAGCGGACAGUUUGCGUACUGGGGACAAAUGCUACAGAGUUGAACAUUAGUAGUCGUAAACCCAAAACUUGAGUGGGCUGUUCAGCGACAGUUAUUAAAUAACCUUAGACAGUGUCCAGUAGGUGAUUUCCUGCAUGCGAACUGUCCAGCUAUUAGGGAAUUAUCUUAAAACAGUUGCGCAAAUAACAUAGAUAAAUUUCAGAUUUUAGAAAAAGGUGCAAGUACUAUAAUAAUUUAGUAAGCUUUAAAGGUGUUCAACAGAUACAGUUAAACUCCAUUAUAGUGAACCUUAAAGGGACUGAAAUUUUGAUUCACUAUAACCGUGAGUUCACUAUCCGUACUGCAAACAAUUUUAACUAAUUUUUCCGAACUGCUCCCUUUUAUUACACAUUAUUUAAAUGAAUAAAAAGAAAAACGAAACUAAUUAAACAAUGUGCAGUAACAAAUAUUGUGUUAACUUUCAUUUUUUAUUGCUCUUCGUCUUUCGUAUAAAAAAUUUAGGGAUGAGAAACUGAGACAGAAGAAGCAAACAAGAUAAACUUUUGGCUACAUCCCACUCAAUAGUUGGUUUUAAAAAUCGAUAUAUGUAUUUUCUGUAGAAAUUUCACAAUUUGCAAGAAAUGAAGACAAAAAAAUCAGUUAAAGACAGAAAAAAGUUCAUAAUAACCAAUUUCCUCUCUUCUUUUGGUUCACUAUAUCCGGGAGUUCGCUAUAGCGGGGUUUGGCUGUAGUUAGAAAUAUUGAAACUGCCUGACAGGUGAUCAGAAAUUUCAAAACUGUCUGAUAGUGGGUUAGGAACUUCGAAACUAUUCUGCUGAGGUUGGUACAGUCCCAUUUCAUUAUCUUUAAGGGUGCCUGGCAACUAGUACCCAUCACGCAAACUGUCAAAUCAUCUUAAAACUGUUACACAAAUAAUACAUAUAAAAUUCGACUUUUAUCGAAAUACGUAAGUAAGGUCUUAUUUUCUUAAACUUUAAGGAUGUUCAGCUACUUGGGGAACAUCUUAAAAUAUUGCCCUAAAUAUUUCAGCUUUUAUUAAAUGAAGUAAGUAGGGUCUUAUUUUGUGUAUCUUUGCCACCUUGUUACCUGCCAAAGCCAGCGCAACUCGAGAUCAACUACUGUACUUACUGCAAGCAAUUUUCAGCCUUACAUAGGUCUGCCAUUCAUAGGCUGUUGGACUAUUAGUUAUUUUUGUUAUUAUUUAAAUUGAAUGUUUGAUUUGAGUGAAGAGAAAUGCAACAUGAUUUAUCAAAGUGUAUAAUUUUAAUUGCAUCAAAUGUUUUAGUUAUGUCAAGGAAAAGAUUCUUGGGCUAUUCGUAAUUCCGUCUGGGAUUUUUGAAGACAAUACUAAAAAAACAACUAAGAUGAAAGCAAUAAAAAUUGACCUGAUGCAGAAACAAAUGAAGCUUUAUUUAGCCUUAAAAGGUGUUCUAUGCUUGAACCCAUGAUACUCCAAUUCCUACCAGGCUUUAAUCAACAUAGUACUGUGGUAUUGUCAGCAUGUGUAAUUUUUUUUUACGGUACCAUAUAUUGAAACUUUGUUUUCAAGGAUUAGUCUGGUAAAUAAGCAGAAAAGCUGAAAAUCGAAGUUCAAAAAUAUUUUGUGCAAAACACUUUAAAUUGUUGAAAAAAAUACCAAAAUGUUUAGCAAGAAAAUGUGCAUUUAUUAAGCUCUUAUAUCCAUAGAAUAUUAUCAACAUUUUUAUUAAAAAAAUAUUGAUGGGUGAUCUAUUUUUAAAUACCUGAUGUGAAAAUCUUUCAUUCGAUCCUGACAAUUUUUUCAGAAUUUUACAUAGUUAAAUUGGAAUUUACCGAAUUUCUUAAAUCGUGUGAAUAUAAAUCGCAAUAUGUAAUUUUAAAUCACGUGACUGCGAAUCAUGAUUUAUAGUUUUAAAUCACAUGAAUAAGAAUCAUGAUGUGAUUUUAUCUUGUAUUUGUUUUGGUAGGAAAUAUCAUAAUAAGCUAAUCUUUUUUCAGGAAUGUGAGAAAGCGAAACUUACUUUGGAGAGGUGGUAUUGUUCUUUUUUUUUAAUAGAAAAAAAAAGUUUAAAAAACUCAUCCCCGUGAUUUUUUAACCCCUUUGUUGUGUGAUUUAGCUUAUCACAUAUGAUAUAGUCUCAUAUGUAUGAAAGAAUAACAUAUGUUUAUACUGUUGAUUAUGCUUUGAUUUGGUAGAUCAUAUAUGAUAUAGUCUCAUAUGUAUGAAAGGAUUACAUAUGUUGUUUAUACUGUUAAUUGCGCCAUGUCGGAGUCUUACUGGAACCGUACUAACACAUUGAUCAAGGGUUCACACAUAGAACAACUGUAAGAAUUGUGAACAAAUAUCAUCCCGUUGAUCUUUCCUCCUUUUUUCUUAUUUUAUUUUUUCAUCAUAUUUUAUAUAAUUUGUUCAUUCUCUUACCAUGAAUUAUAAAUCUUGUUUAUGUUUUUUGUGGUAUAAUCAUUUUCUGAGUCAAAUGCCACCAACUUGUACAUUCAAUCUCAUAUUUAUUUCAAAUUCAAAUGUUAAGGAUCGAAAGUUCUUAUUGCGUACCAUAAAAGAUUUUAGUGUGAGUUAUUUGAAUUUUUCAUUAUAUGAAUAAUAAAUUUCAUUAUUUAUUUUCAUAUUAAAUUAAUAUGAAUUAUUAAAAAUCUCAAAAGUAUUGCAUAAAUACCAUUUAUUUAUUUUUGGAAUACGGUUUGCUUUAUAAAAGAUAAUCUGGCUUUGAAAAAUGUAAAAUUUUUACAUGCCUUUCCGGGCAUGUUAGUCUGCUAAAAAAAUACAUGCCCAAGUAUAUUUUUCAAUUGCCUACAAAUAAAAACAUGUGAAUAUAUUUAUGAAAAAGCAUUGCAUCAAACAAAACAUUUACAACAUUAUAUUGACAUCAAAAGUUUUAUUUGAAGCAGAAAUCAGAAGUGUAAAGUAUUAUUAUUAGCAUCUAAGUAUAGAGCUUGAAAAGCAUUGAAGUAAAUUCAGAACAUUAUACUUAACAAGAAGUAGUGAAAUCAAACCUAUAAUGUAUUAUCAACAAUUACCUGCUCACAGUGUUUUAAACUUUUAUUUAUUUAUUUUAAUUUAUUUAUUCACUUUUUGUUUAUUAUACUUGGGUUGUAAGGAAUAUCCGGCCCCUUUGCCAAUUGCUCGGUUGGCCAAAUAAUUGGUUAAAUAUUCGGUAUUAUUUGUAAAAGUUUAUUUUGGGUUGAAUUUAAAUAGAUUUACUAGAGAAUAAUCUAAAAUCAUAUUUUUUACAAUACAUUAUUCGAAUUUUUUUGUACACAUAUGUUCUAAAACUUGUUCAUUUAUGUUCUGAGAAACAAGUGGAAAAGCAAAAUUUGAAGAGUUGAAACUCGAUUACUUUAUACUGAUUAAUGAGUUUUGUAUUGAUUCUUUUAACUCUAUGCAGGUAAAUGUGAUGUUUUAUCAGCACUUUAAGUUUUAAAAAUUGAGAACUUUUGAUUUUUUUUAUUUGUUCCAUUUUUGCUUGUUUUUCUGUAUUAGUGGAGCAUUUUAAUUUAGCGUUUCUAAUGGACUUUAUUCUUUGGUUGUCACUUUUUUCUUCUAUGGUAAGAUAGAUAAUCAGUAACAUGGAAAACUGUGAUUCUCAACAUUAAAAUUAUAUUUCAGAACAAUACUAAAUAAUUUUUUUUUCAGUUUCUCUUUAGCUUAUGAAUGUUAUUCUUUUAUAGUAACUUUUUUCUGAAAAUAUGGCAACGUAACAAAGUUAAAUUGAGAUUUUUACCUUUAAAUCUUUUAUUUAAAAAUUAACGUUUUUUUUUUCGAUUUCUCUUUAGCUUUUUUAUUGAUUUUUCUUUUUAUCAACGUUUUUAUUAUGACAUAUCUAAUGAACGUUAUUCUUUUGUAGUGACUUUGUUCUGAAAAUUCCAUUAACAUUACAAAGUUAAAUUGAUAUUUUUAGCUUUAAAUCUUUUAUUUAAAAAUUAAGAGCCGUUUUUUUUUUAUUUCUAUUUAAUUUAUUCUUUUUUUAAAAAUUUGUUUCCACAGAUGUUUUUAUUAUAACAUGGCAUUUAAGAGAGUUUCUAUUGGACUUUAAACAUUUUUUUUUCGUGAAAAUACGGUAAUUGGAAAACAGGUGUUUAGCCUUAAAACUUUGUUCAAAAAUUAAAAUCGAUUUUUAAUUUUUCUGUUUUGCUUUUGUAUAUAAUCUUUUUUUUUUAUGGGCAUUAUGUGCAUUUUUAAAAUCGUUUCUGAUAGUCAUUGUCUCUUUUAACGUCUUCUGGGUAAUAUUUUUGGCAUUGUAGUUUUGUUUUAAGAAUUAAGACAAUAUUUUUUUUUUUUUCUAUUUCCCUUUUUUUUUCAACUUUACAUUUGUAAAUUUUUUAAAAUGGUUGUUGGUCAGUUUUUUAUUUAUAUUAAAUAUAUCUAAUUAUCUUAAAUAUUUCUGAUUAUCUUAACCCCUUGGCAUAUCAUUUCUUGAUAUAGAAAUGAUCUUUGAUAGCACUGAAAACAACAACUCGCAAUGGAAUGUUAAUAGAGAUGCCAACUGCUCCGGACAAGCCAAAAUCAUUUUUAAAAAAACGGUAAAUAACUACAAACUAAAUUUUGCAAAUAUUUUACUAUUUUUGCUUGCUUUUUAAAAGGUAUAGCAUGACAUAACUACUAUAAAGUGGUGAAUUAUAUAAGCCUUCGAAUUAUUUAGGAAUAGUGGUGGGUAUAAAAUCUGCACAAUUGAAUUUAUUAAACCAAGAAUCACAAUUGAUAAACUACCACUUUAAAAUAUUUAUUUGCUGUCUGGAGCAAGUUGGCAUCUCUGUGUUGAUGACGUCUGAGACACGUCAAUUAUUGUUUUGACAUUAGAACCAAAUGAUGUCUCUCGGACGUCUUCGUAUGUCAAGGGGUUAAUAUAUAAUAUCUUAAACAUUUUUAUUAAAGAUUAUUUUUUCAUUUACCCCAUACCAAUAAUUCAGCUAAGUUUUGAUUAUUUUUCAAUAACGACUAAACUUAUUGAUAUAUAAAAAAUAAUAUUUAUUAAUGAUUUUUUUUUUAAUGUUGCUAUUCGGCUACAGAAUAUUCAGUAAUUGGCCAAAUCCGUACUAUGUACAGCAAUAUGGUUAAACCGUUUUUCUUUUUUAGUGAAAAUGAUCAUGACUACUAGAUAUACAAAGAAUAAGCUACAUUUGCUUAAUAAAUAUUUAUUUUUAUAAUAUUGAAUUUCUUAUUUAGGUCUUAUUAAUGUUUUUUUUUUCUCCUCUGAUCUUAUUUAUUCCAUAAACCUUUCAUCUUGACUAUUUUUGUACAAAUUUGAGUGCCGCUUAAUCAGUAUUUUAUGGUAUUUCUGAUUGAAUAUUUGCAUGCCCAAUUUGGUAUGUAAGGGUUAAAAAUGUAUGUCCAAUCAAAAUUUUUUCAAGCCUCUGGAUUUUCGAGCAAUCUAAUUUUUCAGCUCUGAUAUUCUUUUUAGCAAUAUUAUUAACUUAUGUUUCUGCUUUUAAACAUAUGAAGAAGUUUUAUUGCAUGUAAUCACAAAUUUUAAUAUUUUUAUCUCAUUGGAUUUAAAAUAACAUAAAUCAUUUUAAAACAUUAUGCUCUAAAAUUAAUUUAGACUUAAUAAAAAAAAUUCUUGAGUCUUAGGACAUCUUCUUGCUGGCAGACCUAAAUAUUUUGUGCUUAAAAUAUUAUUUGAAUUUGAUGUUUACAAUUUGAUGUUGUUGUUUACAAUUUGAAUUUAAUGUUUGAGCAGCCAUAGCUAAGUGGUUAAAACCACUGAGCUGUCAUUGUGAAGGACCUGAGUUCAAUCCUCAGUGGUGGUUUGUGCCCAAUACUGACCACAUUGCCCCAAUCAUGCUAUUGGUCCGACAUUGUAAUCUCAACCUCUAUGAUCCCCUGACCCACAAUGGGCUGUUGCAUGAAAACUUAAUCUUUUGUUGUUUAUUAAUUAAGUUUAUUGCAUAUUAUUAUUGUGUCAACUAAAACUUUUAUAAAGUUGAUGUAUCAAAUUGAUGAAAAUACUACUACUUCAUAAUCAUGUCAAAAUUAAAAGUAAUAUCUGAAAUUUUCUGGUCAAAUUUAUUAGAUAUGUUUGAAUAGAAUCUCUGAAUAAUUGUUGUAAUUUGAUAAAUGAACUUGAAAAAGUAAGCAUAGAAAUAUGUA